AUGUGGACAUUUUUGAAAAGCGUUGACGUUGGAGCACCGACAAAUGUGCAACGACUUCUCUUGUUUGUGGUGGACGUGUAUAACACUCCUGCAAUUGAUCUAGUUUUUGAUGAGAGACAAUUUGACUUUGUGUCGGGAUUUAUUAAUUACAUUCAUUCUAGGAAGUUGCACAUUCAGAAUUUGAAGAUCAGCUCUACGAUAGUGGAAGACGAAAUUGUGGGAUUUGUUUUGGACAAUUGUAGAGCCGCUUCUGAAGUUCAUCUGAAUUGUCCCACGACUCCAGGAUUUGACUAUCUCAAAAAGACUCCAACCCCAAAAUUCAGUCUUGAUAAGCUGACAAUCAACUAUGCGGAAUGGGUUACCACAAGACACUUAACCAAUUUAUUCAUUAAUUGUAAACAUGUCAUACUUGAUGGAUGCGACUCAAAAAAUCUCAAAAUUAAACAAUUCAUCAAAAAAUGGGUUUACGAAUAUUCUCAAUUGAAAUACGCCAGUCUGACAUUCGAUUAUGUUGAUUUCUCUAUGAAUGAUAUUAUGAGAAGGAUACCAUCAAAACGUGUGCCGACUAGAACCACGUCGGAGUAA